GAAAUGGGGAUCGUCUGCUGGAGGAGACUGUUGUGUGUCCACUUGACAAGCCAACGGAAUGGGACUGCUUUCUGACCCAACCAGGCGGCGAGCUUUCAUCAGCCUGCUCACACGCCUCAACGCACCAAUAUGUGUGGUCUGCUACUUUGCGGGUGUGGCCUGGUUCAUGGGUUUGGCGUUCGAGCCGUUCACACUGCGUACAUACAUGUCGGAGAACGCCAUGGGUUCCACGAUGGUGGAGGAGCACUUUCCAGCCGGGGAGAGAGCGAUGGCCACAGGCAGAGAGUUUGCAGCUCAGAAAAAGAAAGUGGGCGGUAUGCCGGUGGAUUGGCUGGUGAAGACCAUGCAGUCUCGAGGGCUGGAGGUGUUCACUCAGCGUUUCUCUCGCACGCUGCCCUUCCCCGAUGAAGACAAAGAGCGAUAUAUGGUCAAAGGCACAAAUGUUUACGGUAUCCUCCGGGCUCCGAGAGCACCGCGGACCGAAGCCCUGGUGCUGAGUGCCCCCUGCAGUCCAGGCGACAGCAACAACCAGGCUGUAGGCCUGCUGCUGGGUUUGGCACAGUACUUCAGGAGUCAGAUUUAUUGGGCCAAAGAUAUCAUCUUCCUUGUGAAUGAGCACGAUUUGAUCGGCAUGCAGGCCUGGCUGGAGGGCUACCACCAUACAAACACCACAGGUAUGGACUGGUCUCCACUGCAAGGCCGCGGUGGUUCCAUCCAGGCAGCCCUAUCGCUGGAGCUCAGCAGUGAUGUCAUCACCAGUUUGGACCUGGUACUGGAAGGGCUCAAUGGCCAGUUACCCAACCUGGAUUUAGCCAACCUGUUCUACGCCUUUUGUCAGAAGAUCGGCGUCCUCUGCACCAUCCAGGGCAAACUCCAGAGGAAUGAUUGGGACACUGUACCAGGCUACAGCCAUGCAGUCCAGACCAUGAUGUUGAUGGUACUGAAGCAGGCCAGUGGACGAGCUUGGGGUGACCAUGGCCUGUUCCUACGCUAUCACAUUGAAGCCGCCACCAUCAAGGGCAUCAACAGCUUCCGGCAGUACAAGACUGACGCCACCACCAUUGGCAGGCUUCUGGAAGGAAUAUUCCGUAAGCUGAACAACCUGCUGGAGCGCCUGCACCAGUCCUACUUCUUCUACCUCAUGCCGUCACUUUCUCACUUUGUCUCCAUCGGUUACUACAUGCCCGCCUUCGGCCUGCUCACCGUCAUCCUGCUACUUCGUGCCUUAGAUUUAUGGGUUCAACUCUCAACUCCGCCACCAAGAACAGAAGACGGCAUCGCCAACAUCGUGGAGGAGCCUGGUCCGGGAGUUCUGUCUGUGUUGACUCCUCUGGUGAUCAGCCAUCUAACAGGAGCAGCUCUGUACAUUGCACCCAUCCGGUUUCAGGAGAUGGCCGUGGAACACUUCCCGGUGUCUGAGACAGAAGCUGUCGUCCUGACCGCCAUCGCCGUUUACACAGCGGGCCUGGCUCUGCCUCAUAACACACACAGGCUGGUGUCCGGUGAGGGGAAGGAGAAGGGCUGGAAGGUGCUGAAGCUGGUCGCCGUGUUGUACCUCGCCGUGCUGCUGGGCUGCACCGCCCUCAUAAACUUCUCCCUCGGCUUUAUUCUGGCUCUGACUUUGGUGCCAGUUGCUGCUUUCAUUACACCACACGUCUCAAGGGUUGUGUCGGCCUUCAUCGUGGUCGUCCUCAGCCCGGCCUGCACGCUUCUUUUUUCUGUCUUUUUCUUCCAAGAGCUGCAGGAGAUGCCCGUCAGCUUCCAAGAGGGUUGGCUGCUCUACCUGUCAGUCAUAUCCCAGGGCCUCCUGGACCACGCCCUCUAUGGCUCUCUGGUCUACCCAUUGGUGGCUUUGCUCAUUUACCCCUGCUGGCUGCUCUUCUGGAACAUUCUCUUCUGGAAGUAGACGACUGACUCAGAGGUUUUCUCAGGUUUGUCUUCAUCAGCCCUGUAAAGUACACUGACAGACCGCAAGGGGCAACAUGAAGAGCUGACUUGAAAAGAACUGUAUGGUGUGUGGAUGUGCUUUUUA